AUGACUUUGGCUCGACGCUGCUGGCGGCUGGCACCCCUUCUUCGUGGCGUCGGCGUCGGGCUCCAGGCUCGUCCGCUUAUGCGGCCGCUCUGGUUGCUCCUCGCAGUGGGCGUCUUUGGCUGGGCCGGGGCUUCGGACGGCGGCGGCGGCGGUGGAGCAACGAGAGCCAUGGACGAGGAGAUCGUGUCCGAGAAGCAGGCUGAGGAAAGCCACCGGCAGGACAGCGCCAACCUGCUCAUCUUCAUCCUGCUGCUCACCCUCACCAUUCUUACCAUCUGGCUCUUCAAGCACCGCCGGGCCCGCUUCCUGCACGAAACCGGCCUGGCGAUGAUUUACGGUCUUUUGGUAGGCCUUGUACUUCGUUAUGGCAUUCAUGUUCCAAGUGACGUAAAUAAUGUGACCCUGAGCUGUGAAGUGCAGUCAAGUCCAACUACCUUGUUGGUGAAUGUUAGUGGAAAAUUUUAUGAAUAUACUCUGAAAGGAGAGAUUAGCUCACAUGAACUCAAUAACGUUCAAGACAAUGAAAUGCUUAGAAAGGUUACUUUUGAUCCAGAAGUAUUUUUCAACAUAUUACUUCCUCCUAUCAUAUUUUAUGCAGGUUAUAGUUUGAAAAGGAGACAUUUCUUUCGGAACCUUGGGUCCAUCUUGGCAUAUGCUUUUCUUGGAACAGCAAUUUCUUGUUUUGUUAUUGGGUCCAUAAUGUAUGGCUGUGUAACACUGAUGAAAGUAACUGGACAGCUUGCGGGAGAUUUUUACUUUACAGAUUGCUUGCUGUUUGGUGCCAUUGUAUCAGCAACAGACCCAGUUACUGUUCUUGCCAUAUUCCACGAGCUUCAAGUUGAUGUUGAACUCUAUGCACUUCUUUUUGGUGAAAGUGUCCUCAAUGAUGCUGUUGCCAUAGUGCUAUCCUCCUCAAUAGUGGCAUACCAACCAGCUGGAGACAACAGUCACACCUUUGAUGUCACAGCAAUGUUCAAGUCUAUUGGGAUCUUCCUUGGGAUCUUCAGUGGAUCCUUUGCAAUGGGCGCUGCUACAGGAGUGGUGACAGCUUUAGUGACAAAGUUCACCAAAUUGCGGGAGUUCCAGUUGCUGGAGACAGGGUUGUUCUUCUUGAUGUCCUGGAGCACCUUCCUCUUGGCGGAAGCAUGGGGUUUCACAGGUGUGGUUGCAGUAUUGUUUUGUGGCAUUACACAAGCACAUUAUACAUACAAUAAUUUGUCUACAGAGUCUCAGCAUAGAACAAAGCAGUUGUUUGAGCUUCUCAAUUUCUUGGCAGAGAAUUUCAUCUUCUCCUACAUGGGGCUGACACUGUUCACCUUCCAGAACCAUGUCUUUAACCCCACAUUUGUAGUAGGAGCAUUUCUUGCUAUUUUCUUGGGAAGAGCUGCUAAUAUUUACCCAUUGUCUCUCUUACUUAAUUUGGGCAGAAGAAGCAAGAUUGGAUCAAAUUUUCAACAUAUGAUGAUGUUUGCUGGCCUUCGUGGUGCAAUGGCGUUUGCCUUGGCCAUUCGAGAUACUGCCACUUAUGCACGACAAAUGAUGUUCAGCACCACACUUCUGAUUGUAUUUUUUACUGUGUGGGUAUUUGGUGGUGGCACUACUGCUAUGCUGUCAUGCUUGCAUAUAAGGGUUGGUGUUGAUUCAGACCAGGAACAUUUGGGUGUUCCAGAAAAUGAGAGGAGAACCACCAAAGCAGAGAGUGCUUGGCUCUUUCGGAUAUGGUACAACUUCGAUCACAACUACCUGAAGCCUCUGCUGACCCACAGUGGACCUCCUCUCACCACGACGCUCCCAGCCUGCUGUGGGCCUAUCGCCAGGUGCCUCACUAGCCCUCAGGCAUACGAAAACCAGGAGCAAUUGAAAGAUGACGAUUCCGAUCUUAUUCUCAAUGAUGGUGAUAUCAGUCUGACCUACGGGGAUUCCACUGUAAACACCGACUCAGCAACUGCCAGUGCCCCAAGGAGAUUUAUGGGCAACAGUUCCGAAGAUGCCUUGGAUCGGGAGCUUACAUUUGGGGACCACGAGCUAGUCAUUCGUGGGACACGCCUGGUUCUUCCAAUGGAUGAUUCUGAACCUGCGUUAAAUUCAUUAGAUGAUACGAGACACAGCCCAGCCUAAGCUUACUAAUACUCACUUAGUGGUUUGUAAAAUUUGCACAUGUGAUUGUGAAGAAAUGUGUACUACCUAAAAAGUUCUAGUGCAUGUCUCUGAAUGUGUAAGCUAUAUAAAUGCUAUUUAUAUGGCAUAGGAAGAAUAUAAAUAUCCUGUACAAGGCAGAUUGUGAACAGACUAUUCUUUUAAGUUUUGCUGGCUGCACUGUGUCAGCUGGAUCUGUUUUAGAAAGUUACUUUCACAGUGAUGUCGUGUUUUGUUAGUUAUAUGUCUCAGUUAAAGUAUAAAAAGUGACAGAUUUACCCUUUCUUAGAUUUACCUGACACUUAACCGGAGUACCAAGUUCUUGUGCUGUGAAUUAAUUUGUGUGUGUGGCAGGGGAAGGGGGAAGGGGGAGUGUUACUUCCUAGGGAACCCAGGGAGGAGAGGUUCUUUUGUUGGGAAGCUUUUGUUGGUUGCUGCUGCCUUUGUCACGACCUUUUUCUUUCCCUUUUUUUUUUUUUCUUUUUCUGGUUGCCCUUUGUGGUGCAAGGAGCUGAUGGAAUUCAGGUUGGGAAGUGAAGUGUGUGGGGCUGUUUCUGCCCUGUGAAAGGACAGAUUCCACUAAAGUACAUUGCUGUUCUGAAAGAAAGCUGCAAAUGACCUCCAAGACCUUGUUUCUUUUCUUCAAACCAAGACCACAGGCAUUGCAUCCAGCUGGCUUAGCAAAAGUACAGGUGUAUAUAGUUCAGGGCACUUGUUAAAGAUUUGAAGGGCUGGCCGAGGCAGGCGGAGAGGGGCAGAGGGCAAGAAGGGAGUAAAGAGGAUGGUAGCGUUGGUGGUCUCUCUUCCCAAAUGUGUAAAUAUCCUAUACAACAUGAGUUUAAAUAGGAAAUUUAAUUGCUGCUUAAUUUUUGAUUAUGUACUUUAUCUGUAUAGGAAGCUUUGUUGUCAGAAGAUUUUAUAUCAAUUUAAAUUGCUGCUCUUUAGCAGCCAAACAGGAGCAAAAUGUAAAAGUUUUACACUUGCAAUGUUUGUCACUCGUUAGUCUGUAGUCAAUGUUAAAAGUUAAUUUAUGAACACAUGAUCGUCUGUACUACACCAGAAGCAGUUGUGAGAGAAGCAGACUUCUCUGGAGAGUGUAUUUAAGGUGGCUCCUUUCUCUACAGUGGGUGUAGUUGUCUUCAUUGACAUGUGACUUUUCAUACUAAAUGCCUAUGCUGCCACGUGUGGUUUUACAAUUUUCAAGGAAGAGCACAGAGCAAGCUCCCAUUCCAGAUUCUUCAUAGUAUGGAAGUGAACUAUGUUUUGUAAUGCUGCAAAUACCUAAAGGUACAUUGAAUGCUUGGAAAGGGGAUUCCUUUUUGAUGUUGAUUCUGAGCCGUUCGUGAUUCAGAAGAAAACACAAUUUUUUGUGCUCCCCCCCUUAGUCUAAGUAGCAUUGCCUUAAAUCUUACCCAGUUAUAAAAUUGAUUUACUUACAUGAUGUUCAAAUUUUCCACAGAAAAUAUCUUUCCAAACAAAAUAUGUACUUAUUCCUUAAAAGGGUUCUGUGCUAUUGUAAACACUCCUUGACUUGAAAUUUUAAGGGAAUUCUAAUGGUGUACCCCUCGUGGCAGCCGUGACUGUUGGCAUAGCCAUUUGUUUUGUAGUGGUAGUGACGUUCCUGCUAUGCAGGAAUCAAUCCCUCCUGUGAAGCGUAUGUUUUCUAUGAUGUGUGUGCCUCUUCGUGCAGUAAAUAAUUUCUUGUUAAUAUAUGUUUUAGGGGCUUUGAAUGUCAUCAUCAUUUACCUACAAAGUUAUUCAAGUUGUAAAAGGUUAUACAAUAAUUUAACUAUCUUUUUUAUUGUCAGGUUACUGAGCUCACUUUAUGAAAAUGGCUGUAAAUACUUAGCAUGACAAAUUACAUAACUGGUCUCUGUCAGCAUGCAUAAGUCUUCUCAUUAGGGAAGCUGAUGAAGCUUGAGUCCACUAAAUCUGCCUUCCGUACUUUAUCAAAGGGGAACCAGGCCUGCUAUGCUUAUGUCAUCAUCUGGAAAAUUCUCCUCUAGUCUUUGCAUACAUCUUCACACAGAGUAAAGUAUCUCUUUCAGACAGCCAUUGGACUGAGACACCUGAGUGCACUUUGAUGAAGUACAGUGUGAAUUACCAUCAUAUACAAUUAGAACUGCUCUUGGACCUGUUUUCUGUUAUAUGUGGAGACUAUAUGUUUAAUUGACUUAAACGUGGGAUAUUUUGAAGUUGUUUUUUUUUCAGGUCUUUUGGCAUUUAUCCUAGCUGUCUCUUUAGCAAUGUGCUGUUAAAAUAAUAGACUUUUAAUCUUUAUGUACUUUUUGAUUUUCCUUGGAGUACUUGGAAAGAUGUUAUAGUGGUUUCUUUUAGGAAAAUCUGUCAUUAAAAAAAUUAUAGCCUUGCAAAUAA